GUCACCAAAAACGCUUCUGCUCAGGAGGAUGUGAGCUUUGCAGAUCUCUCUACCACCUUGUGUUAGCAUCAGAUAAUCUAUGUACCUUUUCCUCUGAGAGUUCAAAACUUUUUUUAACCAUUAUUUUGCCUUUCUAACUAAAUUACAAGGAUCACCUGGCAGAGGGCUCUGUGAGCAAAACAGGGUUAAACUGGGUCCAAGAUGAUGCUGAGAGUAGAGGGUUUGUUAAUGGUUUUGGUGUCUCUGACCUGCAUUGCUCAAAAAAGUAAAGGAGGUUAUGGGAUGAACAUGUUUUCUAUUCAGACAUCGCAGCCUGAUCCGUGCUAUGAUGAAAACGGUAACCCAAGGAGGUGUAUCCCGGAUUUUGUUAACUCAGCCUUUGGGAAAGAGGUCAAGGUUUCAAGUACCUGUGGGAAGACACCAUCAAGAUACUGUGUGGUGACUGAAAAGGGGGAAGACAGGUUCCGAAACUGUCACAUCUGCAAUAUCUCAGACCCCAAAAGAGCGCAUCCACCCUCCUUUCUGACAGACCUCAAUAACCCCCACAACCUUACAUGCUGGCAAUCAGAGAACUAUAUCCAGUACCCUCAGAAUGUCACGCUUACUUUAUCUCUUGGGAAAAAGUUUGAGGUUACAUAUGUAAGCCUUCAGUUCUGUUCUCCAAGACCCGAAUCUAUGGCUAUUUUUAAGUCUAUGGACUAUGGCAAGUCUUGGGUACCUUUCCAGUUUUACUCCACUCAGUGUCGCAAAAUGUACAACAAACCCAACAAGGCUGCCAUCACUAAGCAGAAUGAGCAAGAAGCUAUCUGUACGGACUCCCAUACAGACAUGCACCCCCUCUCUGGAGGCUUGAUAGCUUUCAGUACUCUGGAUGGAAGACCAUCAGCUCAUGACUUUGAUAAUUCCCCAGUGCUCCAAGACUGGGUGACAGCCACUGACAUCAAGGUGGUCUUCAGCCGGCUUCAUACAUUUGGGGACGAGAAUGAAGAUGACUCAGAAUUAGCCAGAGAUUCCUACUUCUAUGCUGUUUCAGACCUCCAGGUAGGAGGUCGCUGCAAGUGCAAUGGACAUGCAUCUAGGUGUGUCAAAGAUAGAGAUGACAAUUUGGUAUGUGACUGCAAGCACAACACGGCUGGGCCUGAGUGUGACCGCUGCAAGCCAUUCCACUAUGACCGACCGUGGCAGAGAGCCACUGCAAGAGAAUCCAACGAGUGUGUGGCCUGUAACUGUAACCUACAUGCCCGCCGAUGCCGUUUCAACAUGGAGCUUUUCAAAUUGUCAGGGCGGCGGAGCGGAGGCGUUUGUCUAAACUGCAGGCACAACACAGCAGGACGCCAUUGCCACUACUGCAAGGAGGGCUACUAUAGAGAUAUGACAAAACCCAUCACCCAUCGGAAGGCUUGUAAAGCCUGUGAUUGCCAUCCGGUGGGUGCGGCCGGCAAAACCUGUAAUCAAACCACCGGGCAAUGUCCUUGCAAAGAUGGAGUGACUGGCAUAACGUGCAAUCGAUGUGCCAAAGGCUACCAGCAAAGCCGCUCACCCAUUGCCCCCUGCAUAAAGAUUCCAGUGGCCCCUCCAACCACAGUGUCAAGCAGCACAGAAGAACCGGCAGAUUGUGAUACGUACUGCAAAGCAUCCAAAGGAAAACUGAAGAUUAACAUGAAAAAGUACUGCAGGAAAGACUAUGCUGUGCAGAUUCACAUCCUGAAGGCUGACAAAGCUGGCGACUGGUGGAAAUUUACCGUCAAUGUCAUCUCGGUAUACAAACAAGGAACCAACCGCAUUCGCCGGGGUGAUCAGAACUUGUGGAUUCGGUCUAAAGAUAUCGCCUGUAAAUGUCCGAAGCUAAAACCUAUGAAGAAGUAUCUAUUGCUGGGUAGUGAUGAAGAUUCGCCAGACCAGAACGGAGUAGUGGCCGAUAAAAGCAGCUUGGUCAUACAGUGGAGAGACACAUGGGCCCGGAGGCUCCGGAAGUUCCAACAGAGAGAAAAGAAAGGAAAAUGCAAAAAAGCUUAGAGAGCAGAAUGAAAACGAUUGACCCCCCCAGAGGAGGACACAUAGAGAAGAGGGAGAGCGAAUGGGAUUGCUGCUUUCUGUAGAGUUUGAAGCAGAUAGGAUUAUCAAUUAGAAACUGUAUUUUUUAUUGUAUUUUUUUCGUUUUUUUACCACGAAGGAAGUUGGAAACUUGUUUUUCCCAGCUGGUAAUGAGAGUGAAGUGGAGAGAGAGAGGGUGACUUUCUUUUCGUGGGGGACUGAAGUGUUUGCACCUAAUGUAGAAUUAUUCACAGACACACAAGCACGCAGGGACAGUGAGCAAGAGGAGGGGGGCUAUUGCAGAGAUUUAUGGCCUGGCUUCUGUCAUGCAAGCUGUGAAAAUUGCACCUGUUCGUUAUCUACUUCGUUGUGAGUCACUAAUUGUUCAGUCUUUUUCUCACGUUCUGCAGUUGAAGCCCUGUGGCUUUUCCAACCACAUGGAACAGGGAACCAGUAUCCCUGCAGGAGAUCAGUUACUGUCAAUCACCCAUGGGUGUGGGGAAAUAUUUGUUGGUAAACAGCGCUUCAAGGCUACAAGAACUCAGUAUUGUGUACCUUAUUCCAGAUAUGGUGGUCCAGUUGCGGGUAGGCAACCCCAAAAAGGUCCCUUCCCCUCCUGCCCUCAACAAGGGCUGUGACUGCUUGGUCUGAAUGCCUAGAAAAGAGAUUAAUUUGUACAAAAGAAAUGCAAAUCCUAACAUUUAAAAUAUGUAUAUCAUUGAAAUAACUUCUUUUUUUUAAAGAAAAUCUUUAUGUCGUUUUUUUAUGUAUAUGUUUAAUUUCCUUUGUACAUAUGUGUUAGCUGGUCAGAUCUGGGGGAUGAACUAGAUAAGAUGCCAGCAGAAUAUAUUACUGAUUACAGUAACAAUGUAUCAGUUGCUGCUGACGUUAUUUUUACAUGCACAGAGAAUGUCAUUAAAAUAUAGAUGUACAGUAGAAGUGAGUUUUUAACCCUUGCCUUCCCAGUGUUUUGCAGUUGGUGGUUUUCAGGACUUUUUAGAAGACAAUAGUAGAUAGAUUUCCAGCAAAUAAUACAACUAGUGCAUAUAGAGGUUAAACUAUUGCUUUAUAUCAAUACAAAGUAUUAGUUGCCCGUUUAUUAAGACCAGAGUACCUUUUUUAAAGGCUUAGUCUGAAGUAUUGUGUAAGACAUGAGAUAAGAAAAGAUGUUGCUGCUGUUUUAAGGUACUUUCUAGUGUAAAAAUAAAAUACUGUAUUUUGCUCCAGUUGAUUGGAGAAUAUACAUUUAUGCAUUUUUCUGAUUGGCUAAACAGCUGUUAGAGUGACACAGGAGCACAGCUUUCUUAUUUAACCCUUUCUAAGAACGUGAUAGGUUAAAGAAUAAAGUGCUGUAACAGAUCAUUUUUACAUCAGAAAGUACUAUUUAGUAACAGAGAUUGUCUGUCUCCAGAGAUUAAGAAAACCAGAUACAAAACAAACUUGUUCCUGUCUGGGACAUCAAAAUAAACAUAUUUUGCAGAGUAAAGUAACACUGUUUAUGGGUCAGUUAUGAAGAUCCCUUUAUUUUCUCACUUGACCCAGUUCUGCUUGGAUUCUCCCUGAUGCUCUGCUUGUUAAAACCUUCACAUCAAUGUAAACUGCUCUCAUGAUUCGCACGUGUCCUGUGGCAGUAGACACCUCAUUUUAUGCAUAUGAGAUUUGGCACAGUGGAGAAAUCUUGUCAGGAUACUGAAGAGAACCUCACAACUUUCUGACAUGGAGAAAUACAUUUGUUUCAGUAUUAA